AUGUCUACCCAAAGCGUCCAGUGCUUCGGCAAGAAGAAGACGGCUACUGCUGUCGCCCACUGCAAGGCCGGUAAAGGUCUCAUCAAGGUCAACGGCCGACCGCUCUCUCUGGUUCAGCCUGAGGUUCUCCGAUUCAAGGUCUACGAGCCUCUCCUAAUCAUCGGCCUCGACAAGUUCGCCCAGGUCGACAUCCGCGUCCGCGUUACCGGUGGUGGUCACACCUCGCAGGUCUACGCCGUCCGCCAGGCCAUCUCCAAGGCUCUCAUCGCCUACUACCAGAAGUUCGUCGACGAGCACAGCAAGAACCUACUCAAGCAGGCCCUCGCCCAGUACGACCGAACCCUCCUCGUCGCCGACAACCGUCGGUGCGAGCCCAAGAAGUUCGGCGGUCCCGGUGCCCGUGCCAGAUACCAGAAGUCCUACCGUUAA